AUGCAAGCUCUAAAUAAGAACACAACAAACUUUUCAAACUAUUCUAAGAUAUCUGAGUCAUUGAAAGAAGGAAACUUAAAACUGACAUUAAACCCAAUGACAGAUGAGUUUCUGUUUCAAGACAAUAAGAACCAUACUGUCUGUAUAAAUCCAACAAAAGGAACUUUAAACGAGAAACCUAUAAAUGAACUUCUUUUGAAAGCAGAUGUUGACAACAAAGCUGACAAAGAAUAUGUAGACGAUGCAAUAGCAAAAGAAGAAGAAAGAGCUAACAAUGCUUAUGCAACAAAAGAACAUACUCAUCCUGAACUAGCAGACAAAACAUAUGUUGACAAUAAAAUGUCAAGUGAAGUGACAAGAGCUGAAAACGAAUAUUCUAAAAAGACUCAUACACAUUCUAUAUCUGAAAUAACAGACUUACAAGAAACCUUAAACAGUAAAAGUGCCGUUGGACAUACACAUACCAUUGCAAAUAUUACAAACUUACAAGAAACCUUAAACAGUAAAAGUGACGUUGGACAUACACAUACCAUUGCAAAUAUUACAAACUUACAAGAAACCUUAAACAGGAAAAGUGACGUUGGACAUACACAUACAUCUUCUGAAAUAACAGACUUAAAC